UAACCAUAAAACUUCACAUUAACGACCUCUACUUCGCCAUUGCGGUGCGUCUUCUGCGCAUGCGCCACUAGAGGAGAGCUGUCGAGGUCGAACUCGGUUUUGGUCGAAAGAAGGCGAAAAUGCCUGAAGACUACGAUAAAGCAGCAUAUCCGGAGCCUCCUCGGAGGACUCCGGCCGUGGACAAACAGACAGCACUGCCCAACCCAGCUCUGAUUCUGUCUAAAGUCUUCUAUUACACCGUGGACCUUCCUGUCUCCACAUUUAGAGAUACUAUUGAAAGCUUUCGGGCUAAAAACAAGUUGGUCUACUACCACCAGAGUUUCCGCCGUGUCCCCGACCUGAUUGAGUGCCAGGAGGGAGAUUAUGUCUGCUACUACGAGGCUGAGAUGCAGUGGAGGAGAGACUACAAAGUGGACCAGGAGAUUGUGAAGGUGGUCCAGAAGCGUAUGAGGGCCUGCCAGCAUAGAGAAGGAGCCAGCUACAAGCAGAACUGCGCCAAAGAAUUGCAGCAGUUCGAAGAGGUGACCAACAACUUCGCGUCACGCUACGGGGACCUGGGAGCGUAUGCCAGUGCGAGGAAAUGUCUAAUGAAGCAAAAAGAGCGGAUGAUGGCCGCACAGGCCCAGAAUGCUUAAGAACAGUCCUCCAACCAUCUGGCCUGUGUAAUAAUUGUAAAAUAAAAUGUAUGUGAUAAAUCA